UCGUUUUGUAAAUAAUGAAAUUAUUUAAAGAAAUAAAAUAAACAAUUAGAGAAAAUCAAUAACAAAAAAAUACGCGAUGGCGUUUUUAGAAGACUGCAUUAUAGUGUUCGUUUCACAGGUUCUUUUUUUUGCUGGUGGUUGGAUAUUUUUUCACAAGCAACUUUUUAAGAAUUAUGAAAUUCGUCACAUAUCCGUGCAAUUAAUAUUUUCAAUUACAUUUGCCUUAUCCAUAACAAUGUUUGAGUUGAUUAUUUUCGAAAUUCUGGGUGUGCUGGAAUCAAGUUCAAGAUAUUUUCAUUGGCGUUUAGGUUUAACGCUUUUACUACUGAUGGUCAUAGCAGUUAUUCCACUUUAUAUAUUAUAUUCUGUAAUACAUAGCAUUUCGUUUGUUUCUGACAAAUGGGUGCGAAUAAUCACUAUGAUAUGUUGGUUCGCGUUUCUUUAUGGUCUUUGGAAAAUUGGUGAUCCAUUCCCAUUGCUAAGUGUUUCUCAUGGCAUAUUUACAAUAGAGCAAGGUGUUUCACGUAUAGGCGUGAUUGGUGUUACUGUUAUGGCCAUACUUUCAGGAUUUGGUGCAGUUAAUUGUCCAUAUCAAAGCAUGACAUAUUUUAUAAAGCCUGUGUCCCAAAGCGACGUCAUAAAUUUAGAACGACGACUAGCGUUGACCGUGGAUAUGAUAACUGGCAAAAAGAAACGCAUUGCAUUGGAAAUGCAUAAACGCAAUAAAAGCAAUCAAAGCAAACCGCGUAUAUGGACAUUUCUGAGUUCGGCAGUAAAUCGUGUAGAUAUUGGUGGGGAAAAUAUAAAUCAGCUACGUAUGGAAAUAUAUGGCUUGGAGGAGUUAUUACGACAACUGUUUCUAGAAAUAAACUCAUUAAAAAAUAUGCAGGAACGGCAAAAAUGGUCUCAAACUUUGCAGGGAAAAUAUUUCAAUGUUAUUGGACAUUUUUUCAGUGUUUAUUGUCUUUGGAAAAUUUUUAUAUGUACUGUAAAUAUAAUUUUUGAUCGCGUCGGUAGAAAAGAUCCAGUAACACGUGGCCUCGAGAUAGCAGUACAUUGGUGUGGUUUUGAUAUCGAUUUGGCAUUUUGGAAUCAGCAUAUAUCUUUUUUACUUGUUGGCUGUAUUGUUGUUACAUCCAUACGUGGCCUUUUGCUUACUUUAACAAAGUUUUUUUAUAGAAUAUCAUCCAGUAAAUCAUCAAAUAUUAUCGUUUUAAUAUUAGCACAAAUUAUGGGCAUGUAUUUUUGCUCAUCAGUACUUUUGAUGCGAAUGAAUAUGCCUGCAGAAUAUCGUGUGAUUAUUACUGAAGUACUUGGUAGUUUGCAUUUCAAUUUUUAUCAUCGUUGGUUUGAUGUGAUAUUUUUAGUGAGCGCCAUAACAACAAUUCUGGUAUUGUAUGUAUCUCAAAAACCAGGAAACUAUGAUUCCACUAUAGACUAAUAGCUAAUUAAUGUAUAUAAUUA